CUGAGCUAUCCGGGCUUCGAGAGCGCGUGCUUCUGCGUUUCUAUAUAUAGAUAACCUCCGACUUCCAAGUUUCUGUUUUAGUGCAUGAACUGUGAGGAGUUGGUGCUUCCUGAGCAGACAUGUUUCACAGCGCCUGUGUUAGGUUUAAUUUGAUGUGUCCUUUUGGACAUUUACUGAGAUCUACGGCUUUUAGGAAUACAGCGCUGGAGAGGAAAAUCACAACAUGCACUUUGCGGUGGUUAAACCGACCCACGCCGCUGCGGCCUUCACAUCCUCGGUGUGUCCUAGCGGAGCUUCCCGCACACAGCGCGUCUCACUGGGGCAGAAGAGCGAGGUGGUGCCGCUGGACGAGCUCAAGUCAGUCAGGGUUCAUUUCAAAGGUUCCACAGUUUCCCACAUGGGAGCCAGUAGCUGAGAGGCAACUUCCACCUCCUACUAAAAUCUCUCUAGACCUCGUGGAUAAGUUGGAGAGACUCGCUCUUGUAGACUUCGGCAGCCGGGAAGGUGUGGAGUGUCUGGAGAAAGCAAUUCGGUUUGCUGAUCAGCUCCAUGUUGUCGAUACGGAAGGUGUGGAACCAAUGGAUUCUGUGCUGGAGGACAGAGCUCUGUAUCUGAGAGAGGACACAGUGACGGAGGGAAACUGCGCAGAGGAACUUCUUCGGCUCUCCAAAAGCAUAGAGGAGGAAUAUUUUGUAGCACCUCCAGGAAACAUCCCUCUUCCAAAGAGAGAGGAGCGAACUGCCAUGCUGAAGCACUCAGAGCUCUGAGAUUGAGACACAUUCUUACAAUAAACAUGAAGUCCUGCUUAAA